UGACGAGCAAACCAAAGCCCUUUGGUUGUGUUUUUCUUUGAUGGCGUUGAUCAAAACCGUCCUCAAACUCGACAUUUCUUGUCAAAAAUGCAAGACCAAAGUCCUCAAAGCUGUUACUAGCCUCGAAGAUGUGGAUAAGGUCGAGACGGAUGAAGCGAAAGGGACGAUCGGCGUGAUUGGGAAGGCGGACCCGUACAAGAUAGUUAAAAUUACGAGGAAGGCGGUUUCCUCCGCUGGCAAGGUUGUCGAGGUGGUGAGCAUUGGACCACCGCCCAAACCCGACGAGAAGAAGCCGGAGGAGAAGAAACCCGAUGGUAAGAAGCCCGACCCGGUACCAUGCAUAUGCGCAUAUCCUCCCUACCCGCCUUAUGGAUCGUCGUACAUAGUCGUGCCUCAUGAAACCCAGCCUUCUUGUUCUAUCCUUUAAAUUAUGAAUUAUUUGAGUGUAUAUUUGUAAUUUUGUAGUUUUGAAUUGCAUUU